UGUCAACUUCCAACUGUUGGUGAACCAAGUACUGAUCCUUUAUCUUAAGACGAGCUCAUUUUUUACGAUAACAUCGAGUAAUAAAAAAAACUAAAAAGAAACUUUAAUAAUAUCUCGAUUCGAGUUUUUAUCGUAGAAAGCUUACAAAAAAGGAAUCGGUUGAAGAAAAACGUGCGCUGUGUUUAAAGCACGUGCUCUUGGAAAAUUGUAACAUGAGUGUAACAAUGUGACGUAUUUGUAAUAUGUUGUGAUUUUGAUAUCAGAGCUUGUUAAUACAUAGGAUUAGGUGUGUACUGAAUUAUGAUAAGUGUAAAGUUAAAGUGCAAAGUGAACUAAAGGAUUAAGAAAUUUAACAAUUGUGUAACAAUAAGGUAACAGGAGAGAAUGUGCGCAAUUUUCAUAUUGUUAUUGUUUUCAAAGUGAGAAGCUACAAUCAAAAAGUUUGAGUAUCUGAACCAUUUGGAGUUUGGCGAAAGUAAAUGCAAUGUACCAAAACAUAACAAGAAUAUAAUUAAUUAAAAAAAAAAAACAAGUAACAAUAUGUAUGAAACGGGAUGAAACAUGAUUUUGGAUGAAAAUGAGAUACUUCUGAAAGGAGAGGCCUAGAUUUAACGAGGGUAGCAAGUGGAUUGGAUUUCAAGGUUCCUGAGUCUUGGAAAAUUGCUGGAGCAGAAAUUUGAGGAGUGCAUUUGUACGUGGAAAGCACAAGGCAUGCUCCGCGUGGUCUGUGGCGGGAAGGAGAGAGUAAACUAUGAAGUUGGUCGACUCGAGUGCCGCCGAAAGCCUUCAGCUGCCACUAAUUAAAUCCUUCUAAUUAGUAGCAUCAAUGUUACUCCAAAGUUACUAAUAUGUGUUACAGGAUCGUAAUUGGCAACAUGUUUUUAGACGCGAAAGAGACAAAAGAAAUUUAAAAAUUUGAGUACACAAAGCAAAUCAAGAGUCAAAAAUAUGUGGAGAAACUUACGAGUAAAUGAGGAUAUAAUCAUGGAAAACUCGGAAAUCAGAUGUAAGAACGCUUCAAGAAGUGAAACGUGCUUUAGGAGCGAAAAGUGUCUGACCAAAAUGCACCUCUUACUACUGACAGCGCUGGUCUUCUGCUCACUAACGACAGGAAAAGCGCUUAAAAUAUUGAAAUUGGAUGUACCCAGUUUAGUCGAUCCAAGAACAGAAUCGGUGACUUUGCGUUGUGAAUACGAUCUUGGAGGCGGAGAAUUAUAUGCUGUUCAGUGGCAUAAAGAUGGAGAAGAGUUCUUCAAAUAUAUGCCAAGCAUGAAUCCUCCUGGUUCUGUCUACGAUAUCGAAAAUUUCUAUGUAGAUGUUCAGCGCAGUGAUAGUAAGAAAGUUACUCUAUUGAACAAUUAUCACAAAGGUGGGAUGAACUUGGCGGGAACCUAUGCUUGUGAGGUUUCUACGGAGGCCCCCAACUUCCUGACGACUUAUGCUCUAGCAAACAUGAGCGUAGCAGUACCCCCCAAAAGCCCGCCAGCCCUCGAGGGCCUUAGGCCUUAUUAUGAAGUUGGCGAAGUCCUCAGAGCAGAGUGCACAUCCGCUCCCAGCCAUCCACCUGCAGUUCUCACCUUCCUUCUCAACGAGAAAGAGGUCAGCAAAAGUUUAACGAGGCACUUGCAAAAUGAUGGUCACGUAAUUGGAAAUUUUGCAACAACAACUCGACAAGGACUCACGAUCAUUUUGGAACGUCAUCACUUUCCUGGAGGAAGUUUGACACUGGCUUGUGAAGCUGUUUUACCAGGAGUACCCAUCAUCAAGACCCUGCGGACAGAAAAAACAGCAACCUUGGCAGCCAACAACCAAAGACUAGCACAGGAAGCGCCCAAAGCUGGGAAGGCCAGAUCAAUUGCGACCUCACUUUCUCAAUCUUUAUACUUAUUUAUAUUAGUCAUUUUUUUAUUAUACAAGGUGCACAAACUUGCGUGAAAAAUAUCCGGAAUAAAAUGAAAAGAAUUAAUUCUAGAAGACCAACGAAUCAGUUUAUAUACUUAACACAGAGCAGCGAACUAUUAUUUUAUGUAAGAAACUCUUGUAAAUAUAUGUAAUUUUGAUAUUUCAUUCCCUUAGGAAUUGAGUUGCAAAAAUUUUGUGCGCUGUGUCUGUAGGGGCGAAUUUGAAAAAUUUGGGUUGUCUGUUUCCAGUGAAAAUCAUUGCUUGACAAUCCGUCAACUGUAUGAUAUUAUUGCUGUGAAACGGAUUUGAAAAACUGACUUUCUUUACUCUGCUUUUUAAAGUGAUAAGUUGAUGCAGAAAAAAAAAACAAUCCACUCCUCAAAAAUUACUGUUUCGGUUGUAAACGGGUGAAAAUCAGUGUUCUUAAUAGAAGGGUACAUAUACAAAUUGGAGAAAUCCGCUACUGAAUUAGCUUCUUUAUAUCAAUUGAAAUUUCCACUUGUAUUUGAAUGGUAUAAAAGAAGUAAGAUCGGUUAAAUUCUGUAUCCAGUGAAAUUGAAUGCUCGGAACGCAAAGUCAUGUGAAAAAAUAUUCAGUGUAACCAUAGUCAGCAAAAACUGUUGUUGCAUAACGAUAUGUAUCGAUUCUAAAUUCACUAUCGUUACACGAAUUUUACAUUAAAGUUACGUACUUUCACGUUAUAAUUAUGUAAAAGUUAUGUAACUAUUUGUCAAACUUACUGUUCCGCAACUGUGUUCGAUUUGAGGCAUAAAUGUUAAUGCAUCUACUACGUUACAUUUCCAUAGUAUCUGUUCAUGUAUACUUUGGAACGGUAAAAUGAUUAUCGUGGCUAGAUUUUUAAUGCCACGCGGUUGUAAAUAGUGUAACAUUUGGUCAGAUAGGAGUCUGUUAGACUUGAUGGUAAAAAAUAAUGACUAGGGUACAAAUUACAUAACUGUUAUUCAGCCCGAAUGGGAUAAAUUGUUACGUACCUGUCAUGUGACAGACAUAAUCUUUCACAGAAUAUAAAAAAGUUUUAAAAAUUUCAUAUUACAAUCGACCUAUUAAACAUAACAGUUACGUAACACUGCAUUCUAGAGUAUUCAGGGAAUGGACAGGACGGUGCUUUAAAAUCUGAAGAUAGCAUAGUUAUUCUUAAGGCGAUAGUUUACUUACUGUUCCUUUUCUAUUCGUAAAAAAAUAAUAUUGUAGAAUAUGUUUAAUCUGAGGUAAAAGAGACGAUUAAAGGAUUGAUAAAAUAUAUAAAAAUAGUUUAUUUCUUUAUAAUAGCACAAAAGUGGUCGUGCAAGUAAGAGAAAUAAGUUCAUCGGCAAAUUAGACUAAUGAAAAAUACGGUGAUUAUCAGAAUAAAUGAUAAGAGAAUAGAAAGAGUGAUAAGAAGGAAUGUCUUCGAUUGGGCUGGAAAUCGAGAUUAAUUAGCGACCAGGCAAUCAAAAGAAAUGCGAACUCCGUUCCAAGCGCUCGUGUUCCCGAUUGAAAAUAUAACGAGAUAGAAAUCGAUUUAUGGAUGUUGAUUAACGGUAAGAGGGCUGCAUAGCUCGGUUAUAUCCAUACUUCUAUAUACGUUAUAUCUGGAUUAAAUUCAAAAUAAUACACUCUGUGCAAAAAUAUUUUUUAUAUACCUAUCUCGAUAUGAGCACUCGUGUUCCCAAUACAAUAUUGUUGCUUCCUGAGUACACUACUCGAGAUCUGAAAAUUCAAUAUGCAUUUUCGAGAUAGAAUCUUGUCAUUUGGAAACGCUGAUUAGCCUUAUAAUAUAAACAGAAAAUAUUAUAUAAAAUCGCUCCCCUAAUUUAUAGCAAUAAUAAAAUUAUUUUACUUUUUGAUUUUCUUUCUUUCUUUACAGAAUUCUGUAUUGAAGAAGAAAUCCACUUGCAUGUGUCGCCGAAAGCUGCUUUAUUGUAUAUUUCAAAGAAACCUUCAAGUUUGUAAAUACAUUUUUCCAAAUUCGGGACCAGUGAACCCAAAAACCUAUGUACGGAGGAUUUCAUUCAGUUCCAAUUUAUUUUUUAUAUAUUUUUUUACAUAAGCCGUCUUGUUUAAAUUUCUAGGGGUGAUAUUUCAAUUUCGAGCUUAGAUUUUGAAAGAGCAUAUCUGAGAAUAGGAGGGAAUAGAGCUUUUGUUCAAAAAUUCCCACUCCUUAAUUAUAAUAAUGAGGCUUGACAAAAAAUCAAAAAAAUCGAAGUUCUUUGUUGUAAAUGGAUUAAAGAAAUUUUUAAAACAUUUUUUAAGGUUACAAAAUUUAAGAAAACAUUCGAGUAAGUUGAGAAGUUAUUUAAAAAUCUUUCAAAUAUUACGUAACCCGUUUUCCUUUUGUUUAAAUAAAGACAUGAAUGAAAUUGGCGUAAUGUUAAGAAAGUCACACCGAUAUAAAUAAAAGGAAAGCACGUUCCGAAAACAAUAUUCAAGAAGAAUGAAAAAGAACUUAAGAACUCAGAAGAUUUAAACAGAUUUU